AUGACUAUUUGUUAUGGCAUGCUUUGCGAUGUCCAUGUGGAGAUCUUGGUACCUCUUCUGCCUUCAGUGGGAUAUCAAGGAUUGCUCUGGGAUGGGGCCAGAGAGUUGCAGAAUCCAACCGAUGGAACUCAACUUGCAAGUCUUACACCAAGCACUGCUCAAAUGCUUCAAACGCUAUCUUCCAAGGCACGUACGGAGUUUCAGUUUUGGCUUUCGUCACGAGAGCAUCUGGCCGACCCAGAGCGUCGUGGGUCAGAAAGAUCUUCAGGUAUGGGAGGCGUUUCCAUCAAUGGCAAUCUAUCGGUUAUACUAUACGGACCAAAGAACAUGGCGGAUCCUGUGGCUGAGUGGCUCGAUGGCCUGAAGAUGUAUCUCCAGGUCCCUUGGGCAUGCGACCGGGAUGUGCCUUAUAUCAAUCCGCAUUGUCUUGCUUCCGGCCAGGAGGCGGUAGUGUACACUUCAAAACUCCCUUCCGACCUCGUAGUGGAGGAAUCCGAAGUCCGAAACGGCGGCGAAGACCCCUUCUUUGACCUCUAUAACACCUCGAUCUUUGACUUGGCUCCGCAGCCAAGCGCAAUUGCCUCGAAAUUGCAUGCACAUCAGAGGCAGGCCCUGACCUUCAUGAUCGAACGAGAAAAUGGCUGGAACCUGUCUGGUACUCGAAAGGAUAUAUGGAAAUCUUACCUCACUGCUUUCGGUGACACGAGAUACAAGAAUACGGUGUCUGGACUUACGCAAGCACAUCCCCCCGUGAAUUUCCAAGGAGGAAUCAUUGCGGAUGAGAUGGGCCUUGGAAAGACUUGUACUAUGCUGGGUCUGAUAGCGGCGAAUCCGUUUCAGUCCGACUUCUAUCACCAGUCUUCCGAUUGUUUGAAAGGCACCUUGAUCGUCGUGCCAUUUCCCCUGUUGUUUGUGUGGGAGAAGCAAAUCCAGGAACACUUCUAUCCCGGGAAGGUCCGCCACGCUAUAUUCUACGGUCGUGACCGCCAGAAGGAGACGAAUUUAAAAGACUACGAGAUCGUCGUGACGACUUACAACACGGUUGCAUUGGAAUGGAAAAACUACAAAGCAUCGAGGAACUCCUCUGAUUCGAAUCUUUUGUUCAGUGCAUUCUGGCAUAGGAUCAUCUUGGACGAAGCUCAUGUCAUUCGUUCGAAGGACACCGUGUGUGCGAAAUCCGUCUACGCCCUUCAAGCAGACCGCAGGUGGUGCAUUACGGGGACCCCGAUUCAGAACCGCUUAGCCGAUAUCUUUUCGCUUCUUCGAUUCCUCAAAGUGCACCCUUACGAUGAUUUGCGAACGUUUGAGGAGCAGAUUUUGCGCCCGUGGAAAUCAAAGACGGACGAAAAUGCUUUGAAAAGACUUCAAUUGAUCAUGAAAGCGAUCUCCAUCCGUCGGCCAAGAGCUGUCAUUGCGCUUCCAGAUCGCAGUGAGCACACUGAGGAAGUCGUCUUUACAGAUGAGGAGCGUGGCGUUUAUGAUUCAGCACGGGUGGGCGUCAUGGAAGUCCUAGAGAACGCGAUACAUGUCGAUCAAUCAACUUCAGGCUCUAUCUACUUGAAUGCAUUUCAGAGAAUCAACGAUUUGAGGUACAUCUGUAACCAUGGCGUCACUCCACCACGGCGAAGGAAUCAUACGAGCUCCAUGGAUACUUUUGAAGAAGGCCCCUGCCCACUCCCCGAUGACAAGCUAGAAGCUUGGAUAGAGGGUAAAGACAUAUUGUGCAUCUGCUGUGGCGCUGAACUCUUGGAGGAAGAGGAGGGGGACAAUGAUAGAUUUCUUUCUGAACUGCACGCAAGGCGUCCAGCAGCUGCUGUCACCGCCAGCAUCAAGUCUACUGGAAUUUCGUCACCAACCAGCUCUAAAAUGCCAAUGCAGCAGCCGUCGAGCAAGAUAAAGGCCCUCAUAUCUCAAAUUCGACAGCUCCCACUCGACGACAAAUGCGUCGUGUUUUCAUAUUGGACUUCGAGCCUGGAUGCCGUUGAGGCUGCACUGAACCAAGCGCAAGUUCGAUUUUGUCGGUACGAUGGCCGCCUCAGUCGACCAAAACGCAACCAGGUGCUGACCGAGUUUACAAACGAUGCCUCGCUGCGAGUGCUCUUGGUGUCGAUCACAUGCGGAGGCCAGGGUCUCGAUCUGACCGCGGCAAACCAUGCUUACCUUCUUGAACCGCAGUGGAAUCCCAUGCUCGAAGAGCAGGCCAUGGCUCGCGUGCACAGGCUCGGCCAGGAGAAGGCGGUGCGCCUGGUCCGGUUCCUCAUGAAGGAUACCUUUGAAGAGAACAUUGUCAGACUUCAGCGCCGGAAACGAACACUCGCUGACCUCAUUGUGGACCGGACGCCUUUGAAGGCGGGGACCGAUGGGAAGAAGCAGUUGUACUAUCUGCGUGAACUAGUAGAGUAG